UUAAAAUUACUCAUUAAUACUUAUUCGUUGAAAUUUAAUCAGAAACAUGAAACAUGUGAAUGGUCUAUGUGCUUUUACAACUUUAGUAAUUUUAUUUUUUUCGAUUUCUCCAGCCUUUUGUGAAACAUUUAAAUGUCCUGCCAAAACUGUGCCAGGAGAAGCGCAAAUUCCCCGAGUAUCAUUGCUGGUAGCUGGUCAGACUGGAUACCAUGCGAGAAUCGAAUUGGUUAAUGGAGCUGGCCAUUUACUUGAAGUUGAAGAGUCUUUCAAUAGUCAAAAUUCAUUUGGGUUGAUAAAACUGAAUGAUGAUGUCGGAAACGAGCAAAGGAGCUUUUGGUAUUAUUUAGAAUCCAAGGAAUUUUUCUACAUUGAUAGUGACCAAUCAUGUACCGUCAGUACAUUGAACGAUCAAACCAAGAAGUCGAUAAUCAGUGAAUGGCUUGCUUUUAAUAGUCUCCCAGAUGAGACUUCCAUCUUUGAUGAUCCAAAAAAUUUAGGCCCAAUAUUACUGUUUCUCUAUUUGGCAAGUAAAUCUAAUGAUCUUCAAUAUACUGGAACAGUUGAUCUCGAUGGUCGUAAAUGUAAUUCCUGGUUCUAUUGUUUACACGAUGAUGGACCCUACUUUGAUGUUUAUUUCGAUACCAAUGACAUUCCGGUUCGAUUAGUUUCCAGUUAUCCCGAUAAUCCGACUUUAACGACAACAAUUAACAUUAUCAACUUUGAGCCUCUCAUUAAUCAACCCAGCGAUCUCAUUACUUAUCCUUAUGGAUAUGGAUGCAAGCGAACUGUGACCACCAGUGUUCCAACUCCAAUAUUUGCCCAAUCAGAUACUUUCAAUUUGGAUUUAGAGGCUGCUCUUUCUUUCACUGAGCCAGAUCGAUCAGCAAUUACAACUGCUAGAAUCGUGAAGUAUCAAGGAAUUUAUUCGUAUGAUCUCAAGGAAAAUGGAAUCACUAAACGAAUUAUUCAUGAUCCAAAACUUUUGAUUGAUUUCCAAGUGGAUCCUCUAACUGGAACGUGCGUUGAAGGACAAGCCUCUGUUGGUGUUGGUUAUGGGUUUACUUAUUUAAGAUGGCCAUACUUUGAUAAGGAGAAGUUCAAUAUUCUUGAUGAUUCCGUUAUGAACUUGGGAUCAGUUAGCUACAUGGGCCAGAUUAGAUCAGAAACUGGUCGCUUGGAUGUAUUCGAGAAGCAAGCAGUAAACUUCUUUUAUCUUGAUGGCUCCAAAUAUAGUGCGAUAAUAACUUACUUUUUUCCUGCUUCAUAUGACAAAAGAGUAUCGACUAGAAAUCAAGCUCCCACAAAAAUCAUAAUCAAACCAGGUAGAGAGUUGUCCCAGUUUAAGUCAGAUGAGUUGGUAAAUAGAAUUGAAGUCAAAGUUAUAAGCUAUCAUGAAAGUUCCAUUGAUUUUGAAAAUAGAUUUGAUAUAUCUGGCUGUUUUAAUGGACAAGGGGAUUACACCUGGUUCCAGAUUGUUUUUUCUGGUAGACAAACGGAUCUUGCAUCAUGGAUGAACCAAGAUGAAUAUUUGAAAGAAAAAAUUCGAUCAGCCCUUUCUUUCAUUCCUAUGGUUAGGUUACCGGACAUAAGAGUUUCCUUCAUUGGAAAUAUGAUUUACAUAACUUGUAAACUAAUCGAGCGACCCAGCUAUGAAUACGAUUUUUACAAAACUCCUGGUUUUACAAUUUCGAAUCCCUCUAGAAUCAUUUUACGUGAUCAUGAACAAGACUGUGGAGAGGUUUGUGCUGAGGAUGAAGAUUGUACUAAUUUUGCGUACUGUAACAAUCUAGAGUGUCGUAUUUUCAGUCAAAAAAAAUCAACAUAUCCUCAGAUUGUUGAAACAAGUGACUGUGAUGGAUUUGGAAGAAAUAACUAUUUCGUUAAUCCCAAAACUGAGGUUGAAUCAAAUUUCCUCAAAUCAUCCAAAAGCUUGAUUCAUGAAAUAAAGGCCAAAAUAACUAAUGGAGAUUUCAAUUUCAAAGAACCAGCUCUAUCUGCUUUAUUUUUAUUCAUUGUCUCUGGUCCUGAUCAACUUGGUGACCCUGAUUCAAUUCUUGGUGAUGAUGAAGUUGAUGAUAUCAUUUCAAGUGUUGGUGAUCACUAUCAAGUAGUCUUAUCAAACCGUCGGUUAUUACAAGGAAAUGCUGUAUUGGGACUAGACUAUUUGUCAUGUUUAACUGAAUGUGAUAAUGAUGAUAGCUGCCUGGUUGUCUCAUUUUGCUCAUCGAGGAAAGGAGAAUGUAUUUUAGGCAAUUCAACACAGGAUGUUAAUGAAGACUCGACCGCUUUGAGUAAAGGAUGUAACAUUUUAUCCAAGUCAUAUUUGACUUAUUUCAGGAAAUUUCCUGGUCGCAGUUUAAUUUUGGAUGCAGAGCAAAUACUGAAAAACACUGGUAAAGAUGAAUGUGCGCGAAUCUGUGCCCAGUCUACAUCGCAACCAUGUGAAUCCUUUGAUUAUUGCCCAGAAGCUGGAUUGAAUCAAAAAGGGUCCAAGAAGAUCAAAGCAUGUUUCCUUCAUAAUUUUCAUAUCGCCAAAGACACAAGCAGUACUAUUGAUGGAAAAGUUUGGAAUUUUAAUGAAACUAAAUGUGAUCAUUAUGCUAAGGUACUCUCCAAAGACUAUAAGCAGCUCAUUGGAUUGAAAUUCAAUGACAAUAUGAAAGAUUCAAUCUUGGUUCAAACAAGUGGAAUAUCUUUGGAGCGAUGUGCCGGUAGCUGUUCAACUUCUGGUAACUGUGAAUCGUAUGAUUUCUGCGAAGUUAAAACCCAAUCGGGACAAAUAACAUCUAAAUGUCGCCUGUCUUCAUCAAAACCCAAUUCAAAAUCUAGUCAAUCGAUAGAAAAUUCAUUGGAAAAGUGUUCAAUCUACCUAACUAGUCAUUCCGAAAAAUCAGAAGCAGACAAAAGUUCCUCAAAAAUAUGGAUGUUCAUCUUUUUAAGUUGUUCCAUGUUUAUUUGUGCCUUCGUUAUUGGCAUUAUUGGUGCAAGAUACUAUUUUAAACGCUGAUUUUUAAUACUCAUUACUCAUACUCAUUUAAAACUCAAAUCAUGUGAUUAAAAAAAGAGAUUUGAUUUUGAAGUAAAUCAGACUAUUUUAAAAUAGUGUCAGGCUGAACUUGCUGCAACUUAGAUUCAUGUAAAUCAUUUGUAAAAGAAAAGAUGUUUGUAUUAUUUUUCACUGUCAAGGUAUAAAUCGUGUAUUUUACUAAUUUUAUAUGAAAAACGUAACUUGUGUUUAGUGAAAAUGAUGCAAAUUUAAUUUAAGUAUCAUGAUUCAAAUCUAUUGCUAGAGGUGAUGCAAAAAAAUUACAACGCAAUUGCUUAUCCAGUUUGAUUUAGAUAAAUGUAUCCAAUAAAACAAGUAUAAGAUCCAUUAAUCAUUUAA